AUGGCCGGAACAGGGAAGGAACGAAAGAAGGUUGCUCAGUUGCUUGAAAAAGAAGCGGAAAUUCAGAAACUCUGGGAAGAAAACAAAGCAUUCGAAAAAGAUGCAAGCGACGAUGAUGCCCCGAAAUAUUUGGUUACAUUCCCUUAUCCUUAUAUGAAUGGACGUCUUCAUCUUGGUCAUACUUUCACGGUUUCGAAAUGCGAGUUUGCUGUUGGAUAUCAACGUCUGGUCGGGAAGAGAUGCUUAUUUCCGUUCGGGCUUCACUGCACUGGAAUGCCAAUAAAGGCCUGCGCAGACAGACUAAAACGAGAAAUGGAAGAUUUUGGUUGCCCACCAAAAUUUCCUGUCGAAGAAGAAGAAUCACCGAAAGAGGAAGUGAGUAGCCUGGAUGAGAUCACUAAGGAUAAAAGUAAAGGAAAGAAGAGUAAACUGGUUGCUAAGACUGGAUCUUCGAAAUAUCAAUGGCAGAUCAUGCAAUCGUUGGGCUUGGAUGAUGAAGAAAUCAAGAAAUUUGCUAAUACUGAUUACUGGCUUGAGUACUUCCCGCCGUAUUGUAUCUCGGAUCUGAAGAAAAUGGGUUUGAAGGUAGAUUGGCGCCGUUCGUUCAUCACUACAGAUGCAAAUCCUUAUUAUGAUUCGUUUGUUCGGUGGCAGUUCGGGAAGUUGCGGGCAGCAAAGAAAAUCGAUUUCGGCAAGAGGUACACCAUAUAUUCGCCGAAGGAUGGGCAACCUUGUAUGGACCACGAUCGUUCGAGCGGUGAAGGUGUCGGACCACAAGAGUACACGUUGGUUCAGUUGAAGGUUGUUGAUCCGAAACCUACUGCUCUAGCUCACAUCAAUAAGCCAGUUUACCUGGUAGCAGCGACUCUAAGACCUGAAACCAUGUAUGGACAAACAAAUUGCUACCUCCACCCGGAUAUACAAUAUUCGGCGUUUUAUGCCGGGGAGAAGGAAGACAUGGUAUUUAUAGCAACUGCAAGAGCUGCCAGGAACAUGUCGUACCAAGGCCUUACUGCUGAAAAUGGCGUAGUGCACUACGUGGAAGGACUAGAGAAGUUCCCAGGAAGCAAAAUCCUUGGAGCGGGGUUGUCUGCACCACUUGCAACGUAUCCAAAGGUUUAUGCUCUACCAAUGUUAACUAUCAAGGAUGACAAAGGCACCGGAGUAGUGACAUCUGUCCCAUCUGAUUCUCCGGAUGACUUUGCCGCUCUAACGGAUCUGAAAAAGAAGAAGCCGUUACGCGAGAAGUAUGGAAUUACUGACGAGAUGGUUCUGCCGUUUGAGCCGGUACCGAUUAUCGAGAUUGAAGGACUGGGGAAUCUAGCUGCAGUGGAGAUGUGCAAAAGACUGAAAAUUGAGUCCCAGAAUGAGAAGGAUAAGCUGGAGGAGGCGAAGAAGGAAGUUUACCUGAAAGGAUUUUAUGACGGGGUGAUGAUUGUUGGCAAGUAUGCUGGACAGAAAACAGCAGAAGUCAAGAAGCUCAUUCAGACAGACCUUAUUGAAGAGGGUCUUGCCAAAAAAUAUGUGGAACCCGAGAAGAAGAUCAUAAGUAGAAGCGGUGACGAGUGUGUGGUAGCGUUAUGCGACCAGUGGUAUCUAAAUUAUGGUGAUCCGGAUUGGAAAGCUGAAACAAAGAAAGCAUUGGCACAAUUGAAUACAUAUAGCGACGAGGUUCGCCGUAACUUUGAAGCGACCAUUGAUUGGCUUCAUGAACACGCUUGUUCUAGGAGCUAUGGACUAGGAACGAAGCUACCAUGGGAUCCACAAUACUUGAUAGAGUCACUAUCGGAUUCUACCAUAUACAAUGCCUAUUAUACUGUAGCUCAUUUGCUGCAACAAGGAUCCCUUGAAGGAAGGAUUGUGGGCCCUGCAGGAAUAAAGGCUGAGCAGAUGACGGAACAAGUAUGGGACUACAUUUUCUUUGGAGCAAAAUACGACCCAGGAAAGAUGCCAGUGCAGGAAGAAACGCUAAAAUCUUUACGGAAGGAGUUUCUGUAUUGGUACCCUAUCGACAUGCGAGUGUCUGGAAAAGAUCUUGUCCAAAAUCAUCUGACCUAUUUGCUGUUCAACCACGUUGCAAUAUGGCCAAAUCAGCCGGAAAUGUGGCCGAAAAGUAUUCGAGCUAAUGGCCAUCUGCUGCUGAACAAUGAGAAGAUGUCAAAGAACACGGGCAAUUUCAUGACCUUGAUUGAUGGUAUUGAAACGUUCUCCGCUGAUGGGAUGCGUCUAUCACUGGCGGAUGCAGGCGAUGGAGUCGAGGAUGCUAACUUUGUGUUUAGCAUGGCAGACGCAGCUAUCCUUCGACUGUACAAUUUAAUUGAUUGGGUCAAGGAUAUGAUAGCUCUGAAGGAACAAGGUAGUUUACGCAAAGGUAAUGCUACGACGUUUGCUGAUCGUGUUUUUGCGAACGAGAUGAAUAAGAACAUCCAAAUAUGUACCGCAAAUUAUGAAGCCACUUUGUUCAAGGAAUCGUUGAAGUAUGGAUUCUUUGAAUAUCAGGCUUUACGUGACAUGUACCGUGAGCUAUGUGGUGGACAAGAUGCAGCUAUGAAUGAGUCUCUAGUUUUUCGGUUUAUUGAGACUCAGGCUCUGAUUUUGUCGCCUAUUUGCCCACACAUCGGUGAGCAAAUAUGGCAGAUUCUUGGGAAGAAUGAACUCAUCGUCAACUCAAAAUGGCCAGAGACCCAGCCAGUAGAUGAGACGUUGUGCAAAGCUGCUGAUUUUAUGCGUGACGCCAUGGCAGACUUCCGUGCACGAGUAAAAAAUUGCAUGAGCUCGAAAAAGAAGAAUGCGUUCACAGCUCCACCGUCAGAAGCUGUGAUCUACGUAGCAAAGGAGUUCCCCGCAUGGCAGAGGACUGUCUUACAACUGCUAGAAAAUCAAGCAAAAGCAAACAAUGGAGUGCUACCGGAUAAUAAGACGAUAGCACAAUUAAUAGGUAAAGAAGCGUCGUUGAAGAAGUUCGCCAAGAAGACGAUGCCUUUUGUGCAAAUGGUGAAAGAGCAGUAUGAACAGAAGGGUAUGGCUGCGCUGGCAUCGGCGUGUUCAUUUGAUCAGGCCGCUAUUCUACUCGAAAACCGCGAGUACAUUGAAAAUUCAUUGGAGCUGGAUCGAUUUUCUAUCAAAUACACUGAUGAAGCGGACGUGGAGCCUGUGAUCUCGGAAACAGUGGUACCAGGAGCACCGUUGAUGCAUUUCCUACCACCCAGGGAAGGUGUCAACCUCACCGCUAGAAAUGUACACGUUGCAAAUGCUCUAUUCGAUGUUAAUGUGGAGGUUAUGGAUGGUGAUUCGGUUUCCGUUGUUGCUCGAAAGUUAAGAAGGUUGAACAAAUCCAUUAAACCGCGAUUCGCUGUCUCUUUAUGGCGGUAUCGCGAUCCAGUUGGGGGAGACCGAAAAAUGAUUGCUUGCUUUGACCCCCUAGCGAUACAUGAAAAACUAGAAGAAGACGCUGUUUUUGCUGUUGACUUGGAGAAGAAGAUGGUUUCAGUGGCAAGCAAUGGCAAUUCCUAUCCUGUUGGUGAUACUAUUGUUUACGUUGCACAAUGA